GUCAAUGCAAAACAUUAAUGUCCUCCAUCUAUACAUAUCUGUCUGCAGAGAGGAUGACAGAGAACAGUGGACACACAGUUGAACAUGAUGGGGUGUAUGACAGGACUGCUGCUUUUAAUGAUCCUCAGGGCAGGUGUUGAUGGUCAGACUCUGACAGAAUCUGAACCAGUAGUUAAAAAGCCUGGAGAAUCCCACAAACUGACCUGUACAACAUCUGGAUUGUCAUUCAGCAGCUAUGCUAUGGUCUGGGUCAGACAGGCUCCUGGAAAAGGACUGGAGUGGAUUGCACUUAUCAGCAAUGGUGGUGGUAGCUACAUCUACUACUCUCAGUCAGUUCAAGGUCGGUUCACCAUCUCCAGAGACAACAGCAGAGAGCAGCUGUAUCUGCAGAUGAACAGUCUGAAGACUGAAGAUUCUGCUGUUUAUUAUUGUGCUCGAUUGCAGCAGAAGAAGAGAAGCUCUCAUCAGAUCACCUUCAAUACCAACCAUGUUCUCUGUAGCUCUGCUGCUGCUGCUGCUGCUGGAUCCUGUGUGAAGUGUGAACAGUUGACACAGCCAGCCUCAGUGACUGUGCAGCCAGGUCAACGUCUGACCAUCACCUGUCAGGUCUCUUAUUCUGUGAGCGAUUAUGCUACAGCUUGGAUCAGACAGCCUGCAGGGAAAGAACUGGACAUCAGAGGUCACAUCUCCAGCCUCAGGAUGAUGAACACACUCACUCUUCUGCUGGUUGCUCUCUCUCUGUCCUGUUGUACAGGUCAGAGUAUGGAGUCCAUUCCUUCCAGUUCAGUGGUGAAAAAGCCUGGUGAGACUCUCAGUCUCUCCUGCAGGGGAUCUGGCUUCACAUUUAGCUGCUGCAGUAUGCACUGGAUCAGACAACCUGCAGGAAAAGCACUGGGAUGGAUGGGGCGCAUUUAUAGCGAUGCAAGUGGAACUGAUUAUUCCAGCAGUGUGCAAGGACGAAUAGAAAUCACCAGAGAUAACAGCAACAACAUGGUGUAUCUGAGACUGUCCAACCUAAAGCCAGAGGACUCUGCUGUGUAUUACUGUGCCAAAUACACACUGGUUAAAGUAAGCAGAGAGGCUUUACAAAAACUCCACAGAUGA